CACAGCACAAUGAUAAAGCCAGUACCAAUACCUAUACUUCUGACAAUAUUGACCCCCUCUCUGCUCUCAGGAGAAACUAAAAAACCUGUGCCAGAAGAUUAAGAAGAAUAACAUGCAGUGGCAAAACAUCCUGACAAGGGAAUUGGAAGACAGGAUCACCAGCAUUUCUGAGCUGAAGAUAAGAAGGCAUCUUGAGCCGGGAAACUCUCAGAAGCAAUUGCUGGUACAGAUAGCACAGUCAAUGAGCGACCUGAGACAGGUACUAACGGCCCAGCUAAACGAGAUGAAGGGAAUUGGCAGCCCAGCCACCUCCAUGGACUUCGAGGGGAAAGUGCCACUUCAGGUGGUUAAUGUGAGGGAGAGCAGUUACCAAAGCAAAGCUUCCCUUCAGCACGAGGAGGUGAGGACCCUGAGCGAUUUCCAGGGAAAAUUCGAGACCCUCAGCCUGCAAUGGGAGCGGACACAGCGGGAGCAUCGCCACACCACCCAGAUGCUGCGAGACUUAAGGAUGGAGAUAGACAGUAUCGCCAAUAACUCAAAGAAGAUGUUUUCAGCAUUUGACCAGAUCCAGAAGAACAUCCACAAGCUGAGUCACAUCAAGCCACUGAUUGAAAACAUCCAGAAGCUUCUGGAGAGGAGGAAAAACCAAUGGAGUACCGAGCCAGGAUAUUUAAGCUCCAUCUACCAGAGGCCCGAGCAGGGAGAGGUACUGCAGCAACUGGUGGAUCAGGCUCUCCUUCCACUGGUGGAGAGGAUGCACCAGCCUCACCACACCUUUGACUGCAGCAUGUGAGGUGUGAAAUGC